CAAUCUCCCAUAACUUGGUCUUCCAGGCAAUAGUUUCGUCUGGCGCCUGUGAUAAUGGCAGCUAGCGAGCCCGAUCAGCCAGAACUCGGAAAGGACAAGUCCUUGGCCUGUCAGUCAUGUCGGCGCAAGAAGACGAAAUGCGACCGGGAGCAGCCGUGCGCGCAAUGCACACGCUUCAAUACCAUCUGUCUCUAUGAUGACUGUCGCUCGAAGCCGGGUCUCCGCGCCGGUGCCGUUGAGCGGCUGCAGCAACGGGUCGACACGCUGGAGAAUAUGUUUCUCGGCCAAAGCCUGCUCUGGCAGAAGAUAUGGAGCGCGGUGGCGGAUGGCGUGUCGCCGAAUAUUCCCCCUCCGGCCCGGAAUGGCAUCGAAUCAGCGGAUGUUGCGGCGAGCGUGCAGCAGUUAUCUGAGGAGGUCAAGCAAAGAUUGCUGCAAGAGGCAGCCGGGACGGCUGACUCGGAUGGCACUCAGAUGGGGUCGUUGGGGCUAGGGCUAGACAUUGGAGAAAGAGAACACGAAAGACGAGAAGCUAAAGACGAAGAAGACCCAAACGAGACGAGAGAUGGCAUGGCCCAGCAGAAACCACUAGAAUCACGUCCUGCAAAGCGCCAAAAACUGCAUUUUCAUUCCAUUCUGGAACAGCAGGUGCCCGAGACAAUGGACGACUGGUCUGCCUCGCAGCUCUCUGCGCAGGGGCUGCUACCGCAUGCAGUCAUGAUGGAGUUGGUUGAUUUCCAUUUCGCCAAUGUUCAUCCCUGGAUUCCCAUCCUCCAUGUCAGAAGGUUUCGUGAGCAGCUGUACAGUCCGGACGGCUGGAACAGGGCCUUGCCAAUUCUACAUGCGAUCCUAGCCACCUCCGUUCGCUUCACAUCCCAUCCUGCGGCUGGAGGUUAUCAAUCCAAAGGAGAGAUGGCGGCUGCUAGUCGCCAGAGAGUCAUUCUCAACAGCAUGGAGUCAUUCUCGGUGGAGAAUUUGCAAGCAUUGGUGAUUAUUGCUUUUGAUAUAAUUGGGAGUGGACGGGGCCCUUCAGCGUGGUCGGUAGUCGGCAGCAUGACGCGCACUGUCGAGCAACUCCAGCUUAGUGUCGAGGAUCGGGACGACGAUGAGGGGAGAACAGCGAAGGGUGAGUAUCUCAUUAAGCGAAUGGUCUUCUUAAAACCAGCGCAACACUGGUGGCAGACUGAAGAGCGAAGACGGGUAUUCUGGACUGUGUUCCUGAUGGACAGGUUUUGCAGCGUCUCGACGGGAUGGAACCUGAGCCUGACGAGCGCAGAUGUUCGACGGCGCCUGCCCUGCGAGGGAGCAUUAUGGCAACGGGAGCAAGAGCAGACCACGCCGUUCUUUGGCAUCGCCAAUCAUUUCAGCCACGGAGCUAGCGGUCCAAUCUUGGACGACAGUAAGAACCCUGGGCAAGACUCCAUCGGAGGGUUUGCCUACGCCAUCGAGGCUACCGAGUCGCUGAGCCUGGUGGUCCAUUUCUUCUUGCAUAAUGCCCUUGACAUCGGUGACGUACAAAGGACCAAGAAAUGGCUGCUGAGAUUCAAGGAACUGGAUUUACGGCUUGUGCAGUGGAAGCUGCUGUUGCCCCAAAAGUGGCAAUCGGCUGCAGUGCUCAACGUGGACGGAAUCAUGGAUCCGAAUCUGACUCUGGCACAUUUUACCCACAACACAGCACUUAUUCUCCUCCAUCAGAGUAUGGCCUAUCCUCCAGCACACUGGAAAGAUUGCCCUGUGCGACUUCCGUCGGCAACUUCGCUCGAGACGUGUAUCGAGGCGGCCUCCGAGAUCGUAAUGCUGGGUAGCCUGUUUCUCCAGCACUCCUCCAUUCUUGCUAACCCGCAGUUCUCUUUCUGUCUAUUUAUAGCCGGACGAAUGCUACUAGUACACUCUCAGCAUGCCCGGCUUUCUGUCUCAGACCAGCUCGAUAGUAUCGUUGGAAGUUUGCUGGAGAUAUCCCGUCGGUGGGCUGGUCCUGGUGCCACGGAUCAUCGGAAUCUGGCGUCGGUGUUCGGCGAAAGGCUCACGAAAGCUCGGCAAUUCAUGUGCUGCAAUGCGACAUCACCCGCGACGCCCCUCAAUAUUCGACAAGCUGCUUACUCCGAGUCUGUAGCUUGUGCCGGGGAGGCUUCGGUCGAUGUCCGUGAGCGCUGUGGGGAUGGCGUCGGAGCUUCCACGGGGUCCUUACCACACGCUCCACAGACUUCUUCGGCGGAACCCGGUAUCCGUUGGAUGUCGAUUGAGUCGCAGUCCUUGCUUGAGGGUCUUGGCGAGCAAGACCGCGUCGCGAAUCAUAUAUCACCUAGCGAUUUCUUUAAUGAUACCCUGAGCCUCGCGUUUCCACCGCUCCCUCAAUCGCUGCAGGUGCAAUAUGACGCGCUGACGGAAAUGACAAUGGUAGACCCUUCCUGCCUGAGCAAGGUAGCACCACUACCAUUUACUGCCCCACCUGCAUCAGAAAGAUCUCAGUUCUGGGACCCGAAUCCACAGUAGACAUGCCCUCUUCUGUCCGGUAUGCCAAGGGCGUUCUGACCAGCCGUCGGGUCACGUGAAAAUGUGUAUUUAUCUAUGUCUUCCGUCUAGU